AGCGUGUCCGGACCGUGUCCGGACCGUGUCCGGAGCGUGUCCGAACCGUGUCCGAGCCGUGUCCGGAGCGUGUCCGAGCCGUGUUUGGGACGUGUCCGGAGCGAUCCGGGCCGUGCCCGGUGGCGGUGCCCCCAUGCAGCGGGAGGUGGGCACGCUGCCGCUGGCCCCCGCCCUGCGCGCCCGCCUCGCCGCCGCCGGCUUCCAGACGGCGCAGGAGCUGCUGGACACCGGGCCCUGCGGCCUGAGCAAAGAAAUUGGAAUCUCCAGGGAAGAGGCGCUGGAAGCGCUGCAGGUGGUGAGGCAGGAAUGUCACGGGCACACAGCAAGGACAGCUGGGGGAUCAGGUGCCACCAGGAAGUGCACAGCCCUGGAGCUUCUGGAAGAAGAGCAAAGCCAGGGCUUCAUCAUCACCUUCUGCUCAGCACUGGACAACAUCCUGGGAGGGGGAGUGCAGCUGACAAAAAUCACCGAGAUCUGCGGGGCGCCCGGAGUUGGCAAAACACAGCUGUGCAUGCAGCUGGCAGUGGAUGUCCAGAUCCCAGAGUGCUUCGGGGGCGUUGCUGGAGAAGCUGUGUUCAUUGACACUGAGGGCAGUUUCAUGGUGGACAGAGUGGUGGACAUUGCAGCUGCCUGUGUGCAGCACUGCCACCUUAUUGCUGAGGCUCAGCCAGAAGAGGAUCAUGGGAAAGCUCUGGAGACUUUCUCUCUGGAAAAUAUCCUCUCUCACAUCUAUUACUUCCGUUGUCGUGACUACACAGAGCUGCUGGCCCAGGUCUACCUCCUGCCAGAAUUCCUGGCAGAGCAUUCCAAGGUCCGGCUGGUGGUGAUUGAUGGAAUUGCCUUUCCCUUCCGCCACGACUUUGAGGACCUGUCCCUGCGCACGAGGCUGCUCAACGGGCUGGCCCAGCAGCUCAUCAUCACAGCCAACGAGCACAGAGCAGCUGUAGUUCUGACAAACCAAAUGACAACAAGGAUUGGACAAAGCCAGUCCACACUGGUACCUGCUUUAGGAGAAAGCUGGGGACACGCUGCCACCGUCCGUUUAAUCUUCCACUGGGACAACACUCAGAGGUUGGCCACGUUGUACAAGUCACCAAGCCAGAAGGAGUCCACUGUAGCCUAUCAGAUCACAUCCCAUGGCUUCCGAGACGUGCAGCCUCCAGCUGUCACUGCCAGCACAGAAGGGACAGAGCUGAACCCUCGGAAGCGGCCACGGACAGAGGAGGAGAAGCAGCAGUGAUCCCAAAGUGGGGUCGGGUUAAAAACCUGCAGGGGAGCAGUGCAGGGUGAACGUGCAGCCUGAGAGACUCUCCACUUCACUUCCUGCUCAGGACUUUAUUUUAAUAUUAAGACUGAAACAUGCAAAUUUCUGUGGCACAAAAUUCCUUUGUGUACGGCAUAAUUGUACUUUUAUAAUAAAAAUCUAUGUUUUCUAUAA